AUGGGUGGGAAACGCGGGGACGACCAGGCAGACGCCGCUUGGAGUGCCGCCGUAGAUGCAUGGGUCCCGGUCUGGAGACGGUUUCAACAGCAAGAGACAGAAAGAAUAAGCGCAAAGCAGGGCAAGAGAGGUCGAAAAAGGAAGUCUAUGGCAGUUGAUCCUGCAAACCUCGAUACCCCGAAUCACCAACCCCCUACUCCUCAACCACCUCCAGCUACACAACAACAGUCACAACAGCAGUCACAACAGCAUACCCCCCAGCAGCAGCAAGCUGAGAUACAAUUGCCCAUGGGAUUUGGAACCAUGUUCAAUGGCACUCCUACCAACAAUGGUGCAGAACACCCUCAUGCCCACCCUGUUAAUGCUGGCACCCCGGAUCUCCUCGCGCCCACGGCUAGCAAUCCUUCCUCGUCCUCUCCACAGGCAGAUCCCAAUAAUGUCUCCGCAGCCACCCUGAAAGCCAUCUCACGUCUCAACAAUACUCCCAAGACAGCCAUAUCUCGAAAUCCAAACCUCUCUCCUUCCACCGCCAUGCUAAUGUCUGCUGCUGAGAACUCUUCUACCCGCCGGCCUUUCAAUUCCCCUUCUGUCCCCGUCUCUGUCUCUAUAACUGAUACCCACCAACAACACCACCCUCAUCAAAGCGGCCCUGGUGCUCGUGGCUCCAAUCCAGCUAAUCCAGGCGUACCUGUCACCGGCGUUAGCGGAGCCCCUACUGCUAACGGCAACCUAACAGAUGUUUAUAUGGCUGAUGUCUCUGCCGCUGCAUCUGCCGUGGCCCAGUCCAUAUCGGUCUCAACCAUAGACCAGAUCCGCACUGAGCUACGGGCGGAAUUUCGUGAGCAGUUGGAGAAGGAACGCUCGCAACUCGAAGAAAAAAUUACUUCAGUGCAGCGAACGCAAGAAAUGAUUCUCAGCCUGUUGAAUGACCAGCGUUUCAUGAAAUGA